AUGAUUGGAGGAUUGUUUGUGUACAACCACAAGGGUGAGGUCCUCAUCUCGCGGAUUUAUCGAGAUGAUGUUAGGUGAGUUGAUAUCUGAUCGGUAAAUUUGAAAACCAGUUAUUGGAUUUAUUUUAUUGAUGUUCAAAUUUUAGUCGGAACACCGUCGAUGCCUUCCGAGUGAAUGUUAUUCAUGCUCGCCAGCAAGUUCGAUCUCCCGUCACGGAUAUUGCUCGAACUUCGUUCUUCCACAUCAAACGCGGCAAUGUCUGGAUUUGCGCGGUGGCCAGGAACAAUGUUAAUGCUGCCAUGGUUUUUGAAUUCCUGAACCGUUUUGCAGAUACAAUGCAGAGUUAUUUCGGCAAAUUGAACGAAGAGAAUGUGAAGAACAACUUUGUUCUGAUUUAUGAGAUUUUAGAUGGUAAGUCAGCUUUUUGGAAGCUAUUCUUCGACUUUUAGAGAUUCUUGACUUUGGUUACCCGCAGAAUACCGACCCUGGAGUUCUAAAGAUGUUUAUCACCCAACAAGGUGUUAGAACUGCUGUGGUAAGAAGAAAUUUAUGUUAUACUAGAAAUUGGAUUUAUAAAACCUUUCAUUUUUUGUGCGUUUUGAGCCUGAAUAAUAUGGACACUUUAGAGCAAAGAAGAACAGACCCAGAUAACUUCCCAAGUUACCGGCCAAAUUGGAUGGAGAAGAGAGGGAAUCAAAUACAGAAGAAACGAGUUGUUCUUGGAUGUAAUUGAAUAUGUGAAUCUCCUGAUGAGCCAACAAGGUCAAGUUCUCUCCGCCCAUGUUGCUGGAAAGGUCGCCAUGAAAAGUUACUUGAGUGGAAUGCCGGAAUGCAAAUUCGGAAUCAAUGAUAAACUGACUAUUGAAUCCAGAAGAGGAGCUACUUCUGAAGAUUCCUCAAAGUAAGUGUUUGAGUACAUAUUAGAUAUUCGAACUUUAGAAGCCGAACUGCCGUUGCAAUCGAUGACUGCCAGUUCCAUCAAUGCGUGAAGUUGACCAAGUUCGAUUCGGAUCACGCGAUCUCCUUUAUCCCACCCGAUGGAGAAUAUGAAUUGAUGAGAUACAGGACCACCAAAGACAUCCAACUUCCAUUCCGAGUGAUUCCCUUGGUCCGUGAGAUCAGUAGAAACAAGAUGGAAGUCAAGGUGGUAAUCAAGUCCAACUUCAAGCCGUCUCUUUUGGCUCAAAAGAUUGAAGUGCGGAUUCCAACUCCUCCGAACACAAGUGGAGUUCAGCUGAUUUGCAUGAAAGGAAAAGCGAAAUAUAAGGCCGGAGAAAAUGCCAUUGUUUGGAAGUAAGUAAACAUUUUUGACUUGGUUUAUGUUGGCUUUUAGAAUCAAGAGGAUGGGAGGAAUGAAGGAAUCUCAAAUUUCCGCCGAAAUCGACCUCUUGGCCACGGGCGCGGCCGAAAAGAAAAAAUGGAACCGACCACCGGUCUCAAUGAACUUUGAGGUAGGAUGACGAAACUGCUUUUUAAAAUUCAGUUGCAUUACUUUAGUGUCAAGUAAACAUAAAUGAAAAUUUUAGGUCCCAUUUGCUCCCUCUGGCCUCAAGGUCCGAUACCUGAAGGUGUUCGAGCCCAAACUCAAUUACUCUGACCACGAUGUCAUAAAGUGGGUCCGUUACAUUGGUCGUUCCGGGCUCUACGAAACCCGCUGCUAG